AUGGCGAGGGUUGAUUUGGAUACUAUGCCCAAUGAAUUACGUCACCGCCACUUUCGAUUGAGCGUUUUUUUUCCAACUUUUUUUUUUUUUUUUGUGUGUGCGAUGCACACAUUUACACCGUCCUUUUUUCUUUCUACUUGUUUUUGGUGCGCGGUGGCUGAUGUUUUUAAAGGCAAAAGGGGAGGGAAAGCAGAAGUGGGAAUGACCCGCGUACUCACGAUGUACACCGUCGUUUUGGGGCUGUUUGAGCUGCUCACGAUAAUUUUAAUUUUUUGCGGCGGUACCAUUGACGAGGUGACACCGUGGUUUGACAGCGUCACGCCAUUCAAGCGGCGUUCAUAUGCUUGCAUGUACAUGGGGGUGCUCGUACUGUUAGUUACAUCACGAUUUCUUUUGGCGUACCUGCCACGACAUCGACUCAUUCGGAUUCAUAACGCUCUGGUGCACGCCCUGGAGCUUUGCCUUUUUGUGUUGCUUUGGUGGGUGAAGCAGGGCCCUGCCUCAGUGGUGUGUUACGUCCUUUUGGCGGUUAUGACAGUAAAUUGCGUUGUCUUCGGCUUACAGGCGUUCAGGACACCUACCCGUAGAGGCGAAAUCACUCUCCAUGAGAAGAAGAACAGGUAG